AUGGCUCUCCGCCCCGAUGAAAGCCAGAAUCUGGCUCUCGAGCUGCAGGAUGGCUACGUCUGCUUCGGACGCAGCUUCGGCGCUGAGAAGAGCAUUGCUGGAGAACUCGUCUUCCAGACUGGCAUGGUCGGCUACCCUGAAUCUAUAACAGACCCGUCCUACCGAGGCCAGAUUCUGGUCAUUACAUUCCCUCUCGUGGGCAACUAUGGCGUGCCCUCGCGUGAGGAGAUGGACAGCCUCUUGAAAGACAUACCCGCGCACUUCGAGGCCAAAGAGAUCCACAUUGCUGGCCUGGUAGUCGCUACAUACGCAGAAGAAGAGUACUCGCAUCACCUAGCCACUUCUUCGCUGGGUGCAUGGUUGAAGGAGCAGGGCGUGCCCGCCAUCACUGGCGUGGACACGCGAGCGCUGACGAAGCGCAUCCGGGAGGAGGGAAGCAUGCUGGGACGACUGAUGCAGAGGACCAAGCCAUCGCCCAUCUCUACCGCAAUCACCGCAAUCGCCGCACUCACCAAUGGCGCUCUCAACACGGCCGAGGUCGCAGAAGGCGACAUGGAGGAGUGGAGGGGCAGCUUCGAGCAAAUCGAAUGGCUCGAUCCAAACAAGACAAACCUUGUGGCUGAAGUCUCCAUCAAAGAGCCCAAGCUCUACUCUCCCGACCCCGCAAAUGCCCUCUAUCAUCCCUCUGGCCGCCCCGUACGCGUAUUAACCGUCGACGUCGGUCUCAAAUACAACCAGCUGAGAUGCCUGGUGCGACGAGGAGUCGAGGUCUUGCAGGUCCCAUGGGACUACGACUUUCCUCAGCUUGCUGGCAAGGACUACGAUGGCCUGUUCAUCUCCAACGGUCCCGGUGAUCCAGCUAUGAUGGAGGCUACCGUGAAGCACAUCAAGGCAGCCAUGGACGAGGCGCGCACACCUGUUUUCGGUAUCUGUCUUGGCCACCAACUGCUCGCACGCGCUGCAGGCGCAGGCACGCUCAAGAUGAAGUUUGGCAACCGCGGCCACAACAUCCCCUGCACCAGCUUGGUCACAGGCAAGUGCCACAUCACGUCACAAAAUCACGGUUACGCUGUAGACUCAAAGACACUGCCUCAAGGCUGGGAAGAGCUCUUCGUCAACGCCAACGAUGGCAGCAACGAGGGUAUCCGGCACGCACGCAGGCCGUACUUCAGUGUCCAAUUCCACCCAGAGCACACUCCUGGUCCCCGUGACACCGAGUACCUGUUCGAUGUCUUCAUCAACACAAUCCAAAAGUCUAUCGAGUCAACUGCAAUCAUGUCACAAGCAGUCGAAUUCCCGGGUGGCACUUUCGAGGAGAACAAGAAGCUGGCUCCGCGGGUGGACGUCAAGAAAGUCCUCGUGCUCGGCAGUGGAGGCCUGAGCAUUGGGCAAGCUGGAGAGUUCGAUUACUCUGGAAGCCAGGCCAUCAAGGCUUUGAAAGAAGAGGGCAUCUAUACUAUUCUGAUCAACCCCAACAUCGCCACCAUCCAAACCUCAAAGGGCCUUGCCGACAAGGUCUACUUUUUACCAGUCAAUGCCGACUUUGUGCGCAAGGUCAUCCAGAAAGAGCGCCCUGAUGGUAUCUAUGUCACAUUCGGUGGCCAAACCGCCCUUCAAGUGGGUAUCCAGCUCAAGGACGAGUUCGAGGGACUCGGCGUCAAGGUCCUCGGAACGCCGAUCGACACCAUCAUCACAACUGAAGAUCGAGAGCUGUUCGCGCGAAGCAUGGAGUCCAUCGGAGAGAAGUGCGCCAAGUCUGCAUCUGCCAACAACGUCGAAGAGGCCAUGCACGCUGUCAAGGACAUUGGCUUCCCUGUCAUUGUUCGAGCUGCCUAUGCUCUUGGUGGACUCGGAAGUGGCUUUGCAAACAACGAGGCCCAGCUGCUUGACCUUUGCAACAAGGCCUUCGCUGCCAGCCCGCAAGUGCUGAUCGAACGCAGUAUGAAGGGAUGGAAAGAAAUUGAAUACGAAGUUGUACGCGAUGCCCGAGACAACUGCAUCACAGUCUGCAACAUGGAGAACUUUGAUCCUCUGGGUAUUCAUACUGGAGACUCCAUCGUCGUCGCGCCAUCGCAAACGCUUUCAGAUGAAGACUACAACAUGCUUCGGACGACAGCGGUGAACGUCAUUCGCCAUCUCGGCGUUGUCGGAGAGUGCAACAUUCAAUACGCCUUGAACCCGUUCUCCCGCGAGUACUGCAUUAUCGAGGUAAACGCCCGUCUAUCGCGUUCAUCCGCUCUAGCCUCCAAGGCCACCGGCUAUCCUCUUGCUUUCGUCGCAGCUAAGCUCGGUCUCAACAUCCCGCUGAACGAGAUCUCCAACUCCGUAACUCGCGUCACGUGCGCGUGCUUCGAGCCAUCUCUCGACUAUGUCGUCGUGAAGAUCCCCCGAUGGGAUUUGAAGAAGUUCACGCGUGUUUCGACACUCCUCGGCUCAUCUAUGAAGAGUGUCGGUGAAGUCAUGAGCAUUGGCAGAACAUUCGAAGAGGCCAUUCAGAAGGCUAUUCGGGAGAUCGAUCCUAGUAACCUCGGUUUUAAUGAGACCGCUGCUUUGAUGGGAAUCGAUCAGGAGCUCCAGACCCCCUCGGAUCAGCGACUAUUCGCCAUUGCCAACGCUAUGAAGUCUGGCUACAGUGUCGACAAGAUCUGGGAGAUGACGCAGAUCGACAAGUGGUUCCUCAGCCGUCUCAAGGGUCUCAGUGACUUUGAAAAGUCCAUGUCCAGCUACACCACAGUUAGCAUCACCGUGCCUCUGUUGAAGAAGGCAAAGGCGCUAGGUUACUCAGAUCGCCAGCUCGCCAAGUUCUGGGCCUCCAACGAACUUGCCGUGCGUCGUACGCGUGUAGAUGCUGGAAUCCUCCCCGUUGUUAAGCAGAUUGACACCGUGGGGGGUGAGUUUCCCGCUACCACCAACUAUUUAUACCUCACUUACAAUGGCACGGAGCACGAUGUCGACUUCAACGACAACGGCGUCAUGGUUCUUGGCUCCGGCGUGUACCGUAUCGGUUCCUCGGUCGAGUUCGACUCAUGCUCCGUUCGAGCUAUCCGCACGUUACGCGAGCAAGGUUUCAAAACUAUCAUGUUGAACUACAACCCCGAGACCGUUUCGACUGAUUACGACGAGGCUGAUCGUCUGUACUUCGAAGACAUAUCGCUCGAGACUGUGCUCGACAUCUAUACACUGGAAAACUCGAGCGGCGUCAUCGGCGCUAUGGGUGGUCAGCAGGCGAAUAACAUCGCUCUGCCUCUGCAUCGCAUGAACGUCAAGAUGCUCGGUACUUCGCCGGAGAUGAUCGACACUGCCGAGAAUCGAUACAAGUUUUCUCGUAUGCUGGAUCGCAUUGCAGUUGACCAGCCCGCCUGGAAAGAGCUUACCAGCAUUGAGGAGGCUACAGCGUUCUGUGACAAAGUUUCUUACCCGGUGCUCGUCCGUCCGUCUUACGUGCUCUCCGGAGCUGCGAUGAACACUGUGUACUCCAAGCACGAUCUCGCCAACUACCUGAACCAAGCAGUCGAUGUGUCAAAGGACCACCCUGUUGUCAUCACCAAGUACAUCGAGAACGCAAAGGAGAUCGAGAUGGAUGCCGUUGCACGCAACGGAAUCAUGAUCGGACACUUUAUCUCCGAGCACGUAGAAAAUGCCGGCGUGCAUUCUGGUGACGCUACUCUCAUCCUUCCACCGCAGGACUUAUCUGAGGAGACCGUCCGCCAGAUUGAGGAUGCGACGAAAAAGAUCGGGCUUGCGUUGAAUAUAACGGGACCUUACAACAUUCAGUUCAUUGCGAAAGACAACGAGAUCAAGGUCAUUGAGUGCAACGUCCGCGCAUCGCGGUCUUUCCCCUUUGUCUCCAAGGUCAUGGGUGUCGAUUUGAUUGAGAUGGCCACCAAGGCCAUGGCUGGCCUCCCCCUUACCCCAUAUCCGCCAGUCAACAUUCCUGCGGACUAUGUAGGUGUCAAGGUCCCUCAAUUCUCCUUUUCUCGGUUGUCUGGUGCCGACCCAGUGCUCGGUGUGGAGAUGGCCUCGACGGGAGAAGUCGCCUGCUUUGGUCGCACCAAAUACGAAGCCUACCUCAAGGGCCUCAUCGCAACAGGCUUCAGGCUGCCGAAGAAGAACAUCUUGUUAUCUAUUGGCUCUUUCAAAGACAAACUGGAGAUGCUGCCCUCGAUCGAGCGCUUGCACAAGAUGGGCUACAAGCUCUUCGCUACUGCUGGAACAGCGGACUAUAUUCAGGAGCAUGGCCUCCCAGUCAAGUUUUUGGAAGUCCUUCCAAGUGGCGAACACGACGAACAAAAGUCGGAAUAUUCGCUGACGCAGCACUUGUCGAACAACCUCAUUGAUCUGUACAUCAAUUUGCCCUCAAGCAACCGCUUCCGACGACCAGCCAACUACAUGAGCAGAGGGUACCGCACGCGACGAAUGGCCGUCGACUACCAAACUCCUCUUGUGACCAAUGUCAAGAAUGCAAAGCUUUUGAUCGAGGCUAUCUCUCGCUAUCACGAUCUCGAGAUUAGUAAGGUGGAUUUCCAGGAGUUUGCCGCUGCUCCGGGGUCCCAUGAGCAGUCGUCUUUAGACGUGCAUGGGCUGAACAACUCGUUGUCUUUAACGCAGCUUCUUGCGAAGUCACCAUUCAAGGGAAAGCAUGUCACUUCUGUCAAGCAAUUCAGCCGUGCAGACCUACAUCUUCUGUUUACCAUCGCUCAGGAGAUGCGUCUCGGUGCUCAACGACAAGGAUGUCUUGACAUUCUCAAAGGUCGCCUUCUCUGCACCAUGUUCUGCGAGCCAUCAACGAGGACGUCUGCUUCUUUCGAAGCCGCUAUGAAGCGUCUAGGUGGUGAGGUCGUCGUCAUCAACGAAUCAGUAUCAUCCACGCAAAAGGGCGAGUCUAUUGCUGACACCAUCCGCACACUGGGGUGCUAUGGUGACGCCAUCAUUCUGCGCCACCCGGAUGAGGAGUCCGUGAACAUCGCCACCAAGUUCUCCGAUGUUCCCAUCAUUAAUGCUGGAAACGGUAGUCGUGAGCAUCCGACCCAGGCACUGCUCGACAUCUUCACGAUCCGUGAAGAGCUGGGAACUGUCAAUGGUCUCAACAUCACAUUCGUGGGCGAUCUCAAGUACGGCCGCACAGUGCACUCCCUCUGCAAGCUCCUCUCCCACUACGACGUCACCGUCAACCUUGUGUCCCCCGCCUCCCUCAGCAUGCCGUCUGGUGUCUGCGAUGGGCUCAAGUCCCGUGGCCAGCUGAACCACGUCACCAACGAGCUCACUGACGACAUUGUCGCCGCUUCCGACGUCUUGUACUGCACGCGCGUACAAAAGGAGCGAUUCCCUGAUCUGGCAACUUAUGAUGCUGUCAAGGAUGCGUUCGUGAUUAAUAACAAGGUGCUGAAGGGGGCGAAGGAGCAUAUGAUUGUGAUGCACCCGCUACCGAGGAAUAACGAGAUUCAUGAAGAGGUGGACUUUGAUCCCAGGGCGGCAUAUUUCAGACAGAUGAGGUACGGUCUGUACACGCGCAUGGCAUUGCUUGCUAUGGUCAUGGCUCCGUAA